ACGUAGUUUACUCACUAUUAUUCUCGAUUUCACCAGAUCUGCUAACAAAAAUAAAAAUUCCCGCAGAACAAGGUUUAAAAAUAUACAUAUUCCUGCAAAGUGGAGUUCUAUCCACAAGUCGUCGUCGUAAAUAGUGUUAGAGAGUUUUAAUGCAGAAGAGCUGAUGUAGAGAACAGUCUUCUGUUCGAUUAGCGAUUGCAUUGCGUUUUGGUAGUGAUGUUCGUAAACAAAUAGAAAAAUAGUGCGAGUCGUGAACAUAGAGGAAUGUGAUUCAUGCAUUGAAAGCGACUUCCCUGAGAUACUGUUAAAUUGUAUGUCGGUAUAGCUCGAUCGUUCAUCUAAGCUCAAACUGAAGCGAACCAUCAAGCAAGUAUUUCCACCAUACAGAGUGAAUUCCUAAUUUUAGGAACUUAAGAAAUAACAGUGAUGAGCGCGCCACCUGGACCAGGAGCAGCAUACGCUCCUUACGCACCGUAUCCACCGUCGGACGAUAAAAUUGGCGGAUAUGCUGCACCUUAUCCACCGUCUGGACCACCGAACAGUGGAAUGGGCUAUCCACCAGGGCCUGGAAAUGCGCCUUAUCCCCCAGGUCCACCGAUGGGAGCCUAUGGAGCUUACUAUUAUUUUCAGCCUGCACCCUACCCUCCAGGACCUCUGGCGCCAGGCAUGAUGAUGCAUCAGCCACAACAAUACGCGCCAUCGCAGCCCUAUGGAGCCUAUCCGCCGCCCGUUAUGGUGCAGCCUGGAAUGCCUGGUCAGCCACCACCGCAAGUCGCACAGGCCGGAGCACCACAAGCAGCAGCAGGUGGCUGGAUGAGUAUUCCUCAAGGAAUACCGAGUUGUCCUCCCGGCUUGGAAUACCUUACUUCAAUUGACCAGCUUCUGGUGCACCAAAAAGUUGAGCUUCUUGAAGCGUUCACCGGUUUCGAGACGGCCAAUAAGUACACUGUCAAAAAUACUCUCGGCCAGAAGGUGUACUGGGCAGUGGAGGACACCGAUUGUUGCACCCGAAAUUGCUGUGGCCCCGCUCGGCCGUUCGACAUGAAGGUGCUAGAUUACUACCAGAACGAGGUGCUACACUUCAACCGACCAUUGCGCUGUUCGUCCUGUUGUUUCCCAUGUUGUUUACAAACGCUGGAGGUGUCAGCCCCGCCUGGCAACGUAAUCGGAACGGUCGAACAGAAUUGGUCCAUAUUCACGCCGCAGUUUAGCAUCAAGGACCAAUCUGGUAACACAGUGCUUCGAAUCGAGGGACCUUUCUGUACGUUUAGCAUUUGUGGUGAUGUUGAAUUUAAGGUGGUUGCCAACGACGGCAGUCAGGUGGGUAAAAUUUCGAAGCAGUGGUCCGGUUUUGCGCGUGAGGCAUUCACUGAUUCGGAUCACUUUGGAAUCAACUUCCCCAUGGAUUUGGAUGUUAGGGUGAAAGCUACGUUAUUGGGUUGUCUGUUUCUAAUUGAUUACAUGUUCUUUGAAAAAUCAGGAAACAAGGAAAGUGAUCGACCAGGAAUGUUCUAAAAAAUAUGAGUUACGUACUUAAGAUAUUCAUGAUUGCAACCUUAAUAGUUUUAAUGUGUUGUAUUAUUUUUUUGACGUUGUGAGUGCGGUAAUUCGGGGGCAAAUUGAUCACUUCAAAGAAUUUGCAUUAAAAAGCACACAGUUAGGGUUAGGGUUGUUACAAAAAUCGAGGAUUUCAAGGAAAUCUCACUCAUCAUCUCUGUAUACACUCACAAUAACAUACGGCGAGAGAAGUUUUUUGCAACUGAAAAAACACACUCAAUAAACUAAAAAAACAAUUGCGGGGGCACCAAUUCUGAAGAUGUAUUUCAAAUUGAUUUACACAGCUGUGCGUAAAAAUUAUAGUCCUCAAUGCAAAAUGAGGGAGAGCAAAGCGUUUUAUCAUAGCUUCUUGGUGGGAGCUGCCUAUUCAAAUCUGUCCAAAUUCUAUACAAGUGUGAUAACCUUGUUUUCAUGCUCGCUGAUUCGAACACUAAGGAAAGUGGUCGCAUUUCAUACGACAAUCUUAUGAAAUAUUUUAAGUUCAUUUAAAAAAGUGUAACCUGGUUUCGAACGCCGUGAUUAGGAGGCGUGUAAUCGAUUACACCACACGCUCACUGACGCUUCAAGGAAUCGUUUUGUUGGAUAUCCGCUUAGUAGUCGCUUUUCUUUCUUCAUGUCCAAAAUAUCCAAAUUACUAUGUAUCCGCAUUUCAGAAGCACAAAUAUCAACAAACAAGGAACCAACAGGUGUUAUCUUCAUUGGUUAGUUGUUUUUUUUGCAUCCAAUGAUGUCUUUUUUUCUAAAAAAUGCUCUUUGAUUUUGGAUCAUCCAAACCUGAAAAUCUAAACGGUUAUAUUUUUAAUAUACACCAAACUAGUGAAUUUUUUUUCUAAAUGUCAUGUGGAUUGACUCCAGUGCUACAUUGCGCGCAAAUUAUGCUAAAUGAGCAAAAUGCAAUGGCGUGAAAACACUUGUACAUUUUCAGUGUGCCCUCGUGCGGCUAUGUCGUGUAUUUUUGUCAAAUUGAAAUGACAUUUAAAAAAAUCAAACAUCCCUCCAUUAGUUGCACUUACUGAAUAAAAAUUAUUUAAAUGUUUGGAUUGCAUUUUCAAAUAAAGUAGAACAACACUGGCUGCAUCGCAAUAUAAGAUUUUGCAAGAAGUAUAUUUGUCCCAUAUGAAUAAGAAACCCAGCAAAGGAGGGACAGAUAUGUGAUUAACGGCAGUAUAAUACUGUGCUAAUCAGUUCAGAAUGACAAAAAGGUAUUGAGGAAAACUGUCAGAAUCUACAUGAGCGAUUAGGACAGAAACUAAUAUAAAAGUGAUCAAUUUAGUCUUUCUGAUUUACCCCCGGGUUACGGUACUAAGGAAAGAUCCAUUAACCACGUAAUGCAAAAAAUUGUCAUUUUGAAUAUCCCCCCUCCCCCUACGUCACACUUUUUGUAUGGAGCAUCUGAAAAUUUUGUAUGGAUCAUUACACUUCAUGCGACCUCCCCUCCCCCUCCUAGCAUUAUGUGAUUUAUAGAUGUUCCCUUAUGCAAACAUAUGAUACAUAUUUGUUCCUAAUCCCAGAAUAGUUUUGUGGUCAAAAUUACUAUAUAUGUUGAGUGUUAAUUUUAAAAUAUUCACCAAACAUUUUCAACUGACUUAAAUUUUUACCAUACUGAUCGAGCAUGGUAGUCUAUUGACUACCGCUUUUGCUUUGUAAGUGGGAGGUCGUGGACUCCAUCCCAGUCUCGAUCCUUUCCUACUUUUUAUCUUCAUUCUAUAUCUUUUUCACGUUCUACCGAGACUUUCCUCCCUGGUAUACCCUUCAUACUAACAAUUCCAAAACCUGCAGUGGCACCCAGGUAUGAUUGGUAGAAUAGUUCUCAGCGCCUCUCUUAAGUAAGGGAUCAACUAUCACAUGGAUGUAACAUGGUGAAUUGUACUGAAGUUGCAUGGUAGUUUUAAGAACUGGACAUAGCCAACAAAAUAGUAAUUUUUACUAUGGUUUUAAUCUGUUUAUGUUAUACUAAAAAAAUAAUCUCAGACCCCUGGAUGAUUAAAUUAUCUGUGUACACUAACAUGAGAAGUAUAGAUGGCUAUGUGUAUAUUGCAGUCUCAUAUAAUCAAAGCACAAAACGAAGCACAAAUUCUACUUUUUCACAUUUAUUGACGCCAAACGGUUUAUAGGUAAAUAAUACAUACUUUUUAUACUCUCUUAUUAUCUUCCAUUGCCAUUAACAUAAUCUCAUCUUUUUAAUGACUUAACGCGCAAGAUAAAUUGACCAACUUUCAAUGCAUUAGAGCAGAUGCAAUGCUUCAGAUGUUUAUAUGUGCUUUGUAACCAAACAGAGAGAUACGACUUAUCUUGCUCGUUGAUCGUACAACUUAUAAGCAUUAAAAAUCUGAGAAGAAAAUAUAUAAUUGUUGUCCAUAAGCUA